AUGACCUCGGCAAAGUCCAAAGCGAGUGAAAGCGGUACAUCGGCGGCCUCACACGAUCCACUGCCGGCCUACGAUGGCUCCUCCGCCUCGGACCCACCACCAACCUACGAAUCCGUCGGACGCGCCCUCACGGCCCUCGCCCAAGGCGACCCGGACGAGUACAUCACAGUACCGUUCGUAACGCGAACCGUGGACUUCAGCCUUCACAACUUCAACCCAUUUUCACACAAGCAAGGCAAGGUCCGCCAGUCCAUUGUGACGCGUCGGAUGAAACGCUCGCAGUACCUCGCCCACUAUGUCAAGGACAUGGACGGCAAAUUUGUCGGCACAGGCAAGCCGGCGGUAGAUGCUGAGCUCGUGUUUGUGCCGGGCAAGAGUAGUCCCGAGGACUUGCUGCGCCAGGUCAAUGAGGUGGCGCUCAAAGUGCAGAGGUUGAGGGGCGAUGGUAUUGGUGAAUGGGGAAAGCCGUUGCAGGAUCAUCCAACAGGAUAUGGUGGGGGCGGAAUGGCCAUGUAG